GUUGCCAUCAUGCCUCAAACCCGAUCCCAGGCACAAGCUAUAAUCAGUUUUCCAAAAAAGAAACUGUCUAGGAUAUUGGACACUAAACUAGUACCGACAAAUGUCCAGGCUAUACCCUGUUCUCCUUAUUUAAAAAAUCUGCCUCUCAGCCCUAGAAAACGUCUGGGUGAUGACAACCUGUGCAACACUCCUCGUUUAUCUCCCUGUUCUCCACCAAAGCAAGGCAAGAAAGAGAAUGGUCCCCCUCGCUCACGUACACCUAAGGGACGAAGAUUGGUAUUUGACAAUCAGCUGACAGUUAAAUCUCCUAGAAAAAGAGAACAAGCUAGAGUUCACCAAAACAAAAUACCUUCCUCAGUUCAAAAGAGUCAUGAGAGCACAAUAAAGUCUGAGCAAAAGUGUCCACAGGAGAAAGAAUCUGCAUGUAUGAGACUGUUCAAGCAAGAAGGCACUUGCUACCAGCAAACAAAGCUGGUCCUGAAUACAGCUGUCCCAGAUCGGCUGCCUGCCAGGGAAAAGGAGAUGAAUGUCAUCAGAAAUUUCCUGAGGGAACACAUCUGUGGGAAAAAAGCUGGAAGUCUUUACCUUUCUGGUGCUCCUGGAACUGGAAAAACUGCCUGCUUAAGCCGAAUUCUGCAAGACCUCAAGAAGGAACUAAAAGGCUUUAAAACUAUCAUGCUGAAUUGCAUGUCCUUGAGAAGUGCCCAGGCUGUAUUCCCAGCUAUUGCUCAGGAGAUUUGUCAGGAAGAAGUAUCCAAGCCAGCUGGGAAGGACAUGAUGAGAAAAUUGGAAAAACACAUGACUGCAGAGAAGGGCCCCAUGAUUGUGUUGGUGUUGGAUGAGAUGGAUCAACUGGACAGCAAAGGGCAGGAUGUAUUGUACACACUGUUUGAAUGGCCAUGGCUAAGCAACUCCCGAUUGGUGCUAAUUGGUAUUGCUAAUACCCUGGAUCUAACAGACAGACUCCUGCCUAGGCUUCAAGCUAGAGGAAAAUGUAAACCACGGCUGUUGAAUUUUCCACCUUACACCAGAGUUCAGAUAGCCACUAUCUUGCAAGAUCGACUUAGUCAAGUGUCUAGCGAUCAGGUUCUGGACAAUGCUGCAAUUCAGUUCUGUGCCCGCAAAGUCUCUGCUGUUUCAGGAGAUGUUCGCAAGGCACUAGAUGUUUGCAGGAGAGCUAUUGAAAUUGUAGAGUCAGAUGUCAAAAGCCAGACCAUCCUCAAACCACUGUCUGAAUGUAAAUCACCUGAAUCUCUGAUUCCCAAGCGGGUUGGUCUUAUUCACAUAUCUCAAGUUAUCUCAGAAGUUGAUGGUAAUAGGAUGGCCUUGAGCCAAGAAGGAGUGCAAGAUUUCUUCCCUCUUCAACAGAAGAUCUUGGUCUGUUCUUUGCUACUCUUGACCAGGCAGUUGAAAGUCAAAGAGGUCACUCUAGCAAAGUUAUAUGACGCCUAUAGUAAAGUCUGUCGCAAACAGCAGGUGGCAGCUGUGGACCAGUCAGAGUGUUUGUCACUUUCAGGGCUCUUGGAGGCCAGGGGCAUUUUAGGAUUAAAGAAAAACAAAGAAACUGGCUUAACAAAGGUGUCUUUGAAGAUUGAAGAGAAGGAAAUUGAGCAUGCUCUGAAAGACAAAGCUUUAAUUGGAAAUAUCUUAGCUAUGGGAUUGCCUUAAGUGCUUCUCUUAUACCCUACCUGAAAGUAUUACAGCUGGCAUUUAGGGAGCUACGGAGUCUUCAUUUUAGUACUUUAUACAUUCAGGUCUGAAAACAAAUAUGACCUUUUUUACUUGAAUCCAGUGAAUUUUAAUCUAUAGAUUCAUUACUAUUAGGACAGAAUAAUAUCCUUCAGUCUUAUUUGUACCCACAAAAGUGAACAAGUAGACUCUUUUUAAUUAUAUUCACUACUUCUACCACUUGUGUGUCUUUAACCAAAGUGUUUGCAAAUAAUACAGAUUUGUCUUGUGGAAUGUGUAUAUAAUUACCUCUUAGUGAGAACUUUGAGGUUAAGGUAAGAAAAAUGAAAAAGAAUGAUCCAGAAGAAUAAGUAAGUCCACAUGGAGAUUUGAGGACACUUUGGUCAAAUGGAGUAUACUGUGUUCACAUUGCAAAUAGUCCCACAUUGUGACAUUUUAAA